AUGCCUGAGCUGACGCUUGAUUUGGCAGAAUACACCUUGCUUCCACUUAAUCUUGGCGACAAAGAUCACAAAGACAUUGUUUUUGUUGGGAAAAACUCGGGUAUGUUUGGACGAGAUAUCAAACACAAAUUCAAGGGGAAAACCAUGGUUGAAAGUGCGGAUUGGUGGACUGCAAUCAAUGAACAUAUGAAACAGAUGGGAACACGGACUUUGGUUGGAACACCCACUACACAGCACUCAAAACCAGCUUUUGCUGGUACUGCUCCUUUACCAAAAGAAGGUGCAGAUGGAUCGACUGGACUUUCUCAACGCGCUGCUGCAUCUGUAGCUACUGCGAAUGCUCCGUCGACGUCACUUCAAGCUCGAUUGGGAGCCGUUGUAAGUCAUAGCAAAUCCGAUACGAUUCAUGCUACUUCUGGUACACGACCAGUGAGUAUGCCUGCACCACCUCUACCUGGUCGACCCAAAAGUACUAUUGUACCUACAUUGAGACCCAAAUCUGGAUCGCUUAUUGACGAAUCAUUUGAUGAUUUGCCUAGUAGGAGAGAUUCGUUAUCACCUCCGAUUUCUUUUACAACUACUUCAAAUGAUCAAAUUCCUACACCUGCUCAUGUAGCUGAUUUUGCUUCAUUUCCACCUCCCGACACGAAUGACAAGACCGAGGUGGGCAAUGUAUCUGCUUUAUCAUUAAGUGAACAAAUAGAAAUGAAAUUAAGCCAUGCUACAAGUGGUGGUCAUUCUCAUGAUGAUCCUGUUGAACUGGACACGCCAUCACCCAAAGCAAAACUAGCUAGUCUAUCUACCGGAACUAGCAAUCCAUGGGACACAUUUCAAGACGAAUCGGGUGGUUGGUAA